AUGGAAAAAUCCAAAAAUUUCCGCAUCGACGCCUUGCUGGCUGUGGAUCCCCCGCGAGCCGCCUCCACGCAGAGCGCGCCUCUGGCCUUGGUCACUUCCCUCGCGGCUACAGCAUCUGGUCCCGGCCGCGGCGGCAGCGGUGGCGGGGGGACCAGUAGCGGGGCGAGCCGCAGCUGCAGCCCCGCGUCCUCGGAGGCUACUGCAGCGCCCGGUGACCGGCUGAGAGCUGAGAGCCCGUCGCCGCCGCGCUUGCUGGCUGCACAUUGCGCGUUGCUGCCCAAGCCCGGUUUCCUGGGCGCUGGAGGAGGCGGCAGCGGCGCGGCGGGUGGGCCAGGCACUCCCCACCACCACGCGCACCACGGUACAGCCGCCGCCGCGGCUGCUGCUGCGGCUGCCGCGGCUGCGGGCGGCCUGGCACUGGGGCUGCACCCGGGGGGCGCACAGGGCGGCGCGGGCCUCCCUGCACAGGCGGCUCUCUACGGACACCCGGUCUACAGUUACUCGGCGGCAGCUGCAGCGGCAGCACUAGCGGGACAGCACCCGGCGCUUUCCUACUCGUACCCUCAGGUGCAGGGCGCGCACCCUGCGCACCCUGCAGACCCCAUCAAGCUGGGUGCCAGCACCUUCCAACUGGACCAGUGGCUGCGCGCGUCUACCGCGGGCAUGAUCCUGCCCAAGAUGCCGGACUUCAGCUCCCAGGCGCAGUCAAACCUCUUGGGGAAAUGCCGAAGGCCUCGCACAGCCUUCACCAGCCAGCAGCUGCUGGAACUGGAACACCAGUUCAAGCUCAACAAGUACUUGUCGCGACCCAAGCGUUUCGAGGUGGCUACCUCGCUCAUGCUCACCGAGACCCAGGUGAAGAUUUGGUUCCAGAACCGCCGAAUGAAAUGGAAACGCAGCAAAAAGGCCAAAGAGCAGGCGGCGCAGGAGGCUGAGAAGCAGAAGGGCGGCAGCGGGGGCGCCGGCAAAGGCGGCACUGAGGAGAAGACGGAGGAGGAGCUGCUGGGGCCUCCGGUUUCGGGGGACAAGGCCAGCGGCCGUCGUCUGCGGGACUUGCGGGACAGUGACCCGGAUGAGGACGAAGAUGAAGAAGAAGAAGACCACUUCCCCUACAGCAAUGGUGCCGGUGCCCAGGCUGCCUCAUCCGACUGCUCAUCUGAAGACGACUCGCCUCCCCCAAGGCCAGGCGGGCCGGGACACCAACCUCUGCCCCAGUAG